AUGUCAUUCGCCAGCAGCAAAGAGAAGGAGCCUAAUGUCAGACAUGCCAAGACAAUUAUCCCAUCGGCGCAUUAUCCCAAGACAAUUCAGGCGGCGUUUUGCCGGUGUUUUACCACAGGAGGCGUUACUUUCGGCAAAUGCCGUGAGCCCACCGAAGGCAUUUGGAACGGGUCCAGCUUCGCUGUGGUAGUGUCUGUUGCCGUCCUCUUCGGCCUCGUCGCCGCUGCCUUCGGAGGCUACGCUGCUGCCCCAGCCGCCGUCGCCACCUACGCUGCCCCAGCUGCUGUUUCCAAGACCGUCACCUCCACUUCCUACCACGCUGCCCCAGUCGCCGCCUACGGUGCUGCUUACCACGCCGCCCCAGUCGCUGCCUACGCCGCCCCAGCUGUCGGUGUCGCCAAGACCGUCGGCUACGCUGCCCCAGCUGUUGCCACCUACGGAGCUGCUUACCACGCCGCCCCAGUCGCCGCCUAUGGUGCUGCUUACCACGCUGCCCCAGUCGCCGCCUAUGCCGCCCCAGCUGUCGGCGUCGCUAGGACCGUCAGCUACGCUGCUCCAGCUGUUGCUACCUACGGAGCUUCUUACCACGCUGCCCCAGUCGCCGCCUACGGUGCUGCUUACCACGCCGCUCCAGUAGCUGCUUACGCCGCCCCAGCUGUCGCUAAGACCGUCAGCUACGCUGCCCCAGCCGUCGCCACCUACGCCGCCCCAGCUGUUGCUAAGACCGUCGGCUACGCCGCCCCAGCUGUCGCCACCUACGGUGCUGCUUACCACGCCGCCCCAGUUGCUGCUUACGGUGCUGCUUACCACGCUGCCCCAGUUGCUGCCUACGCCGCUCCAGCUGUCGCUAAGACCGUCAGCUACGGCGCUGCUGCCGUCCCAGCUUACGGUGCUGCCUAUGGUCUUGGCUACGGUUAUGGCGCCGGCAAGUACGUCCACAUUUUUCUGACAAAACGCAACAGGGCCCCACAACCAACCAUGCAGACUCUGUCCGUUGCUGUUCUCCUCGGCCUCGUCGCCGCAGUUUUCGGAGGAUACGCCGCUGCCCCAGCUGCCGUUGCCACCUACGCUGCUGCCCCAGCUGUCGCCAAGACCGUUGGCUUCGCCGCUCCAGCAUACGGUGGUUACGGCGCUUACGGCGUCCAUGGUGGAUACGGUGCCUACGCCGCUCCAGCAGUUGCUGCUUACGCUGCUCCAGCUGCCGUCUCCAAGACCGUUUCCACUACCUACCAUCCUGCUCCAGCCGUAGCUGCCUACGCUGCCCCAGCCGUCGCUGCCUACGCUGCCCCAGCUGUCGGUGUUGCAAAGACCGUCGGCUAUGCCGCUCCAGCUGUUGCCACCUACCACGGCUCCGCUUACCAGGCUGCCCCUGUUGCUGCCUACCACGCUGCUCCAGCUGUCGCUAAGACCGUCAGCUACGGCGCCGCUGCCGUCCCAGCCUACGGUGCUGCCUACGGUGUCGGCUACGGUGCCGGCUACGGUGCCGGCUACGGCUACGGUGCUAAGUACCUGCACUAA